AUGGAAAUAAUCACCUACUUGGAUUACAACCGCUACGCUAUUCGACUGUUUUCCAUGAUUCAACCUGGCGACAAAGUCCUCGUCAGCCUGUCUGGAGGGCCUUCCUCGAUGACGCUCCUCCACUGUCUACAUGCAUAUCAAGAAAUCUUAGAGAGUGAGAACCCGGGCGGUUCCGUCUUUAAAAUGGCCGUCGUCAUUGUUGAUCUGGGCUAUGCGAAUUCCGACCUUCGACCUCUUCUGCCCUAUCUAACGUCUCUUGGCGUGACUCAUCAUUUAGAGAAGAAACAAAUCAGUGACUGUCGCGCACAUUCAAUGAAUCUUUGUGCCAACCUGAAGCAAGAAGCUAUCGUCAAUGUGGCCAAACGCCACGGCUACAACGUGCUUGCGCUUGCACAGAAUUUGGAUGACAUGGCAGUCAGGUAG